AUGAAAGUAUUCCGGCCACUCCACACUUUGCACCUUGAGAGCUGCUCUCUUGUCUCGCGGACCCUGCGUAGAAGGAACGCGCUGGGGUGCGGCUCUCUAGUUCUCGGUUUUCUCAACGGCGUGGGGGGAGUGCUCCUGCGUACCAAACAUCAGUGCCAAACAUCGACUCGUAUUCACAGCAAAGCUAGCUGCUACCUUAGCAGGAAUGGCUCAGUGUGCCUUGCGCAGAGCCAGGGCGUCUUGCUGACCGACCGUUGUGGGUUAGUGUCACAUGAAGUCUCACACGCCGAAGCUAGCAGCGUGGCACGAUGUGGGUAUGAGCGAAACAAACUACCUACGGCAUCCGCAUCCUCCGGACCGCUGUCCAUACCAUAUCGCCUUCACUUGCGCAUCUCAUCAAACUGUGAGAGCCGAAACACUGGCGACGACAUGAACUGA